AUGGCAGUUAUUAUUAUAUUUAUGAGUGCCCCAGAGCAAAUACCGCAAUGCAGUAUUUUAAACAAGACAGUUCUCAAAGUUCUCCGCGCCGAUCGAUCAUCGGAUGCUGCGUAUCAAAUUAUUUACCUGUACACUAUACUGUACAAAUUGACAGACCGACGCCGCGGCGCCCUGUGGCUGACCCCUGUGGGUGGGAAGGGGGGUGGCGUAUUCGUUACAGCGUUGAUCGAUGCAGCCCUUGCCCGGGCCGCCACGCAGCGGCGCCGGCGCGGCGCGGCGUGGCUACUACAUCUAUCGGUUGGACAAAGGGGUGUAGGUACAUAA